CCAAAUUCCCCCGAAAAACGAAACGACACAAAAACGGAAAUGUCCGCCGGUAACCUCACCGGCGGUAACCAGAAGCCCAUAUGCACCAUCUGCUUCGAGGAGCUCCGCCCCAUCGUCGAGGACCUCCAGUCCAUCCCCGUCUGCGGCCACGUCUUCCACGAGCUCUGCAUCCAGCAAUGGAUGGAGUGCUGUCCGUCGGGGAAGAAGCCCACGUGUCCUGUCUGCAAGCAAUCGUGUUUGAGGUCGGCGGUGAUGAGAUUGUUCUUCCAAUCGAUUGGCGACCAGACGCAGGUUUUGGAGGGGGCGGCAGGUGAGGAGGUUGAUGCUGAGGAGUUGGAGAAGGAGGUGAUGAGAUUGGGAGGGAAGGUAGCGGUGUUGACGGCGGCGUUUACCUGUAAAAAAACUUAA